UGUUAGCAACUGUCAAACGGGGAUCGGCCCCGCCGCCUUCGUCGUCGCUACGUAAACAAUGUGCAGAAAAUUUUCCUGAAAAGCGCACGACUGUUGGCCAUCUUGUCUGAUUCCGGAACAAUUUUCGCUUCCUACGCGCGCCACGAUGGCAGGCCGGCUUCCCCAGGUCCCGUCCAACGAUCCGACCCUAUUUUGCCGGCUGUGUUUCUCCCAGACGAGCAUGCACUGGGUCAUCCGGACUAACGGAACCGAAGUGGACCAACCGUUUGUCAACACCAUCGGCGAGUGCCUCGGAGUGUGGUUGAGCCUGUCGGAGGACUUUCCGUGUGCGGUGUGCCGCGAGUGCACCGCCCACCUGGACCAGAUCCGGACGUUGCGCGAGCUGGCCCGGAUGUGCGAUGUGGCGCUGAAGCAGAAGAGGCGCGAGGGACCCGCUGGUGGACCGGUGCUGUUUUACGACUGUCCGGAGGACCGCGUGUGGGUGAACGUGAAGCCGGAGUUUUGCCAGGAUGAUUCCGAUUUUGAAAAUGAGCCAAUACUGCCGGAGGUCAUGCUGAACGAAACCAGCGAGGAGUUGGUGCAACUGCCAAAGACCACUCGACUGACACAAUCGGAAAAGAAGCUUGCACUGGAAGGAUAUUUCGAGAUGUACACCGCUUGGAAGGAAUCGAUCGCCAUAGUUCGGGACGAUGACGAACUGACCGAGGAGGCUCCGGAAGCCAAAGCGGAGGAGGAGUUUAGCAGUGGCACUCGGAAAAAGAAAGAAGCGUACCGCGUGCGGUACCGAGAGCAACCCUCCAAGACAAACUCCCAACGCGCGGAUCCCAACAACAAAUCGGGCACGUUUUGCGCGGUUUGCAAGCUGGAAUUGCGAAGCGUUGACCGGUACUUGACGCACAUGUACGAAAAGCAUCUCCCGGGUGGAAAUACCUGCGUCGAGUGCAAUCAGACGUUUACAACGCCCAGCGGGCUGAAGCAGCACGCGCAACGGCACAAAAACAACCUCCUGCUGAGCUGUGAAAAGUGCAGUCUCCAGUUUGUCAACGAAAAUGAGCUCAAAGGUCACCGAACGACAGACGGUUGUCGGCAGGCGGCGGACCAGAUCUACGGCAAAUGUCAGUACUGCGACAGGACGUUCUCCCGCCAGGGCCGGUACAUUUUCCACCUGAAGAGACUCCACCCGGACAAACCACUGCCGGUGCAGAUCGGAGGACGACGUAAAUCAACAGCUGGUAGAAUCGAACACCGUCGCAAGUCCGCCCCCCCUGCUCGGACAUGCCUCGUCCAGCAGUCCCCCGUGCAGCGAAGCAAAACACCGCAAGGCUUCACCGACUGGCGCUAUCGGACGGGCGCGGGUCGCACCACCAUCGAAAAGGGUCGCUUCCUGGUGAUUUUGAACAACCUAACCCAGGAAGAAAUCCAAUCCCACCAGGACCCAAUGCCGCUGAAAACUGCCGCCGGCUUUCACUUUGUCUGCAUCAUGUGCUACGGCGAGUUCCGAGAGCUGGACCACUUCAAUGACCACCUGGAACAGUGCCGGCGCGAGCACGGAACAGGCGCUGACCCGGGACCGCCGCCCAUGGUCAAGUGUGAGUGCGACGUUUGCGCCGCCAUCUACCAAAAGGUGGACCACUUUGUGGAGCAUCUGCAGGAGCACGCACGGCCAUACGAGGUGAAACCGCACGAGUGCGGCCAGUGUAUGCGACGCGGUUCCAAGUCACGCCAACGUGCGCGGGCGUUGAGCCGGUGCAGCGAGAUUCGGUAAACGGUGACUCUUGAAGAGUCGGGAGAAUAUGUAAGGGGUUUUUUUCUUCUUUUGGCAGUGUAGUUUGAUUUUUUU